AUGGUGGCGGCAGUGCGCGCCGUGCGCGCCGCCAUGCUGGCGUACCCGGAGGCCGAGUGGGUCUGUUGGGUCGACGCCGACGCCGCCUUCGCCGACAUGGACGCGGGCGUGUUCCUCAUCCGGAACUACCAGUGGGCGCCGGACCUCAUGGACGCGUGGGCAAGGAUGGGGCCGGCGUACCCGGAGCACGCCGCAUGGGGGAAGGCGAUGAGGGAGGAGCUGGCCGGGAAGCCCGACGCCGAGGCUGACGACCAGUCGGCGCUCAUGUACCUACUGGCGAGGGACCCCGGCGGCGCGCGGCGGUGGCCCAACCGGACGCGGCUCGAGACGGGGUACUACUUCCAGGGGUACUGGGCGGAGAUUGUGGGGCGGCUCGACGGCGUCGCGGCGCGGUAUGCGGCUGCCGAGCGCGAGUGGGCGGCGGGCGAGCGUGACCGGGAGUGGGCGAGGAUGGGAGAUAGGUACCUGUAG